CUAACGGUUCGUGCCGGACGAAUUCCCCUUAACAUGUGGAUUAUUGCUUCCCCACAUGGGACCUCGGGUGCAUCAACACAAAACACUUUUAGCUGUCUGGAGUCAUCCAAGCGGCCAUCAGCCCCCGGAAGCCCUAGAGCCCAGAAGCCUCAAGGUUCAGGGCCGGAGUGGUUAAUGGAAAGGAUCAUCUCUCGCAUUUGUAUCCUAUUAUGCAAAUCUCUGGACCCCAGCAACAUGUGGCUUUGAAUAUCAAAACCAGUAUAUAGAAUGCUCAAUCGCCCACCAUUCCUUCCCUCCUCAUCACUAUCAAUCCAAAAUCGUGUGUUGUAGCUUCCCGCUCACCUCAGUCACUCGUUUCAGCUCUUCUUUUAUUCACCACAUUCAUUCGUUUAUACCAGAAACAGUCAAGAUGAGGUUCUCAGCAUUCUCCCUUUUUGCUCUUUCGAGCCUGUUCGUCAGCUCCCUCGCGGCCCCGACUUCCCUCCAGAUACGCGAUGUCGCCGUUGCAGAGGUUGAGCAACGUGAUACCUCCGUCGUCGCCGUUGAGGAGCGAACACUUCCAGAGAUCGUCGUUAUUGUAGACGCGCUCGUUACCGAAGUGUUCAGCUAUACCGCGUCUAUCAACGUCACUAUCUCUUCAUGCGAGGGUAUCUCCAUCGAUUUGGGCAAGAAAAUCAAAAUCAUCGCCGACAUCCAGGUGGAGAUCCAGAAGAUUCUCUCCGCCUUCUCCCUUGCAAGCCUCAAGAUCUACAAGCUGAAGUUCAUUGAGCUCAUUGAGGCCGACUUGAAGCUCGUCAUCUCCCUUGCCAUCAAGGUCUUCAUUGAGAUAAUCUGCACGUUGUUGCACGCGGUCGCGGUCCUAAAGAUCACCAUCAUCGAACUGCUCGGCUGGACCCUUACUCUGUUCCUCCACACGUACAUCUCGUUCUUGCUUGCCAUUGGUGGAGUUGUCGCCAACUUCAUCGUGAAUAUCAAGAUCGGCUUCCAAAUCUACCUUGUUCUCAUCGGCAAGGUCUUCGUCGACUUCGGCCCCCUUCUGGCGGCUUGCAAGUAAAUUUCUUUGCUCGUGGUGCAUCGCAUGCUUGGACGACAAGACAACACGGGUUCUUAAUUAGCAACAUGUAGGGUACGAAAAGGGGAUAGCCUAAUUCUAAUAUAUGAUUUCGCUCGAAUCUUUGACAUUGUGGGGGCAUUUGUUACUUGUUCGUCUCAAUACUAGCGCUCUUUGUAUAUUAGCCCUAAUUGCAUACAUCACUACCGCAUUUGGAUGACAUCCUCAAAUCCAUUAUCUACCCCUCC